CAACCUUAUCACAUCGCGUCUUAUCACACAUGACUCCUAUGCGUAUCGGCCAUACGAAAUGUCAUCUUUCAGUGUCGACAUCUUGCGACUUCUUGUACAAUUUUCGUGACACCCACGACAACGUCGGGUUCUCCGUCGUCUCCUCGGUCGUCGACGAUUGCGUCAAUGCUGAGGAGAGCAGCGCGGCGGGGUGCGUGUGUCUUCUUCGUGGUGUUUUGUGUUUUCGGCCGUGCCCGCCGUCGCCCUUCUCCUACAUCGCCAACACCGCUGUCCACUCUGCCCGCCGUCACCGCCGCCCCGUUGUUCCUGUAAUCGCAACGGUGAUUCGACGCCACACACCGACGACGAUUUUGCAGACGAUAAUGGAUGAAAUGUAGAUCCAGUGCGUCACGCCGAACCUUUAUCCGCUCGCUUUCGACGAAGUCAAGUCGUUCUGGAUCGCAAACGAUCUGCAACGACGGCGACGACCGCGUAUCGAUCCCCGAUCGUGGGCGAUGUAUCCCCGCGUUGUUGCUGAACCGUGGACAUCAGUACGUCGGUAGAGAUCGAAAGAGAUGGAGAACCUGGGCGACUACGAGUAUAGUCCGAAGGACCUGAUCGGCACCGGCGCCUUCGCCGUCGUCUACAGGGGCAGGCAACGCAAAAAACCUAAUGUGGUAGUAGCUAUUAAAAGUAUCACAAAGAAGGCGUUGGCUAAGUCACAGGACUUGCUGAAAAAGGAAAUAAAAAUCUUAAAGGCGUUAACCAAAUUACACCACGAGAAUGUUGUUGCGUUGUAUGACUGUAAGGAAUCUAGUAAUAAUGUCUUCCUGGUUAUGGAGUAUUGUAAUGGUGGAGAUUUGGGGGAUUACUUAAAUGCGAAGGGUACUCUUUCGGAGGAUACCAUCAGACUAUUUCUCAAACAAUUGGUUCGCGCAAUGAAGGUGUUGCACGCCAAAGGGAUAGUCCACCGAGAUCUCAAGCCACAGAAUAUUCUGUUAAAUCACAACUGUGGCAAAGCGUGUCCGCAGCCACACGAAAUAACUCUAAAAAUAGCGGACUUCGGGUUUGCUAGGUUCCUGCAGGAAGGCGUGAUGGCCGCGACUCUGUGCGGAUCGCCCAUGUACAUGGCGCCCGAGGUCAUCAUGUCUCUCCAGUACGACGCUAAGGCAGAUCUGUGGUCCAUAGGGACUAUAUUGUAUCAGUGUCUGACCGGGAAGGCCCCGCAUCCCGCGAGCAAUCCACACGCGCUCAAGUCGAUUUACGAAAAUACCGUCAAUCUUGUGCCCAGGUGCGCAAACAACAUACCACCUGGAACAUCGCCCGAACUGACCAAUCUCUUGAUGGGCCUGUUGAGGCGCGAAGCGACGGAUCGCAUGGACUUCGACCAGUUCUUCGGCCAUGCGUUUCUCACGGGGACCCGCGAAAGCCCGAGCCCGAGUCCGGUGCCGAUCGAGCUGCCGGCGUCGCCGGGAACAAUGGCGAUCCCGAUUGAGGAGGGAACGCCGAUCGUCAACAGGUCGGAGCCCGAAACGACGGAGACUCCGUGUUCCAGUCCCGAAGACGACUUCGUUCUCGUGCCGAGCGACAUCAGCAGCGACACCGACAAUAACCCGCCAGUCAAGUAUACCAAGCAAGUGAGCAGGGAAGCUGUCAGUCCACCCCGACCAUGCUUAUCGAAAUUGGGCGAGUAUACCAGACAGACGAGCAGGGAAGCCGUCAGUCCACCUCGGCCGUGCUACUUGCCGAUCUCCGAGCCGAUUCCUGUUCCCUGUCAACGAAACGCGACGCAGCAGCCGCAGCAAUCGCCCUCGGCGAACGCCGCUCGUUCCGGCGGCGUUCCUCGUUCUCAGCCCAUCAGCAUGAAGCGCAGCGUGGAUUCCCAUAGGAGUCAUCCACCGGACAUCGGUUCUCUUAGUCCGCCCAGCGUGCAGUUUGUCAUCGGCACUCCACCUGGCAGAAGGUUGAGCGAAACGCCGCCGCCACCCAACACGUGGCAGGUCAGUCCUGUGGCGAGGCAUUCGCACACGCCGAGCGGCACCUCGCCGUUGCGACGUUCCACGGGCAAUAACAGCGCGUCCUCGCCGCUUUUGACGGGUCCGCUGGCGGUGCUCGGGUCGCCCACCUCGCGAGCUUUCCAGGACAACAAUAAUACUCUCAGGCACUCGCCCGUCAUACCUUUUGGUACCAGAGCUGUUACUCUCCCGGAGAUAUCGGAAGCCGGCAGUUUCCAAAACCUGUUCCCCGACAUACCACUGACGACGAUUGACGAUCGUCCGCUGACGUUUAUCGCGCCGGAAUUGCCGGAGGAGACGCUGAUGGAGCGCGAGCACAACGAGAUCCUGGCGAAGCUGAAUUUUGUCGUGGCGCUGUGCGAGUGCGUGUGCGAGGUCGCCAAGUCGCGGGCCGGACCGUUGGGCAACAUCGAGCAGCCGGUGCCGCUCGGCAGCAUCGAGCAGACCGGCAAUGCGGCCACCAGGAAACGCGCCGAGCAGGUCAUACUGCUGGUUCGCGCUCUUCAGUGGCUCAGCUCCGGUCUGAAUCUGGCCACUCAGGAACUCAAAGCUGGAAGAUUGCAACCGACGGCUACCGUAAAGGAAGUUGUCAGCACUAUGAAUGAGAAGUUCAAAUCGUGUUUGACGGAAUGCAAGCAGCUGAAUAGCGCGGGACUUCUUCGCCAGACGGGAGCCACAGCGGAUAAAAUAUUAUACAAUCACGCGAUUCACAUGUGUCAAUCAGCGGCGUUGGACGAGCUAUUCGGAAAAGGCGGCGAAUGUUUCCAGCGUUAUCACACGGCACUGAUAUUAUUGCACUCGCUAGCGCAGCAUGUCAGCCACAGCCAGAACCGAGCUCUGCUUAUCAAAUACAAAGAGGCCGUGGAAAAGCGGCUGUACGUGUUGCAGCAGCAAGGCUAUAUCUACGCAACCGAGCCCACGUAGCGCUUGUAAAACACGGCAGCCGAGUGCGGCGGUGACGGCCGCCGGGAACGAGUCCCGCCCGAGCAGCCGCCCCUAUCAUCGUACUCGAUAUCUCUUUUGUGUAAUAUACUCUGCCCUAUUCUGUACAAAAGGCAAGAUUGAAGAAUCUCCAGAACGACGCAACGGUUUCCACAUCAGCUUUUUCAAGGCGGGGUUGAAAAUUCUCGCGGCCGACUUUAUUUUGCCCAAAUUUUACGCAAACGGAAGAGAGCUCCGUAGUUACCACACGCGCGGAAUAGAGUAUAAGAAAGACGAAUAGACGAUAAAGAAAGUGAAAGUCUCCUACCCUCCCUCCCACGCCACUUUCCCCACGUUUCUUUAUAUAUGAUUUAUUAAAACUUAGCGCGAUUAAGGUAUUGUACUUGUACACUGUAUAAUGUACGUACACGUGGUUGAUCAACUAAUCUUUAUUUCGUACAUCGAUCAAUAAAGCUGUAUACCAACGGCGUUGUGCAUUCAAUGGAAGGCGUGUUCUCGUCGGACGAUCGUGAAUAGUUGACAACAAUAAUUGUACAAAAAUGAAGCAGCAAGAAACCAGCGCUCUCUGUCCCUUUCUCGCUCUUUAAGAAAAUGCCGAGGAAAAAAAAUAGUUGAUCGAAGUCUUUCAAUUAUUUGUACGCACGCCAUCUUUUUUGAUAUUGAAAAAAACU